UAAAUAUUUAUGACAUAUAAGAUGAAAACUGAUUUUUUUGGGGGAAAGCUAAUGUAUCCAGGGUUCUACAAAAGUUUAAUUUAGUGGGGAAACUAAUUAUAGUUUCGUAUAUGCCAUAUUUGGCAAAGAAGAGCUACACAAAUGUUGACAGAUUAAUUGUACAAAAAUGUGAUUUGUAUGAAAUGAAUUCAUCCUAGAAAAACUUAACAUAUUUGCACCUCUGAUGAAUCAGUAUAUUUUUCUGAAGAAAGAAGGAACUUUUUUCUCAUAUCUGAAACUCCACAACUGCCAAGCUUCAGAAAAUACUGUCCUUUUAUUCAAUCAGUCUCUGACAAAGAACUUGUUGCUUGUUUCUAUGGAACAGAAAUCUAGUUACCUUGACAAUUUAUUUGAAUAGACGAGUUAUGGGGGGGGAACAAUUGGAAUACCCUAUCUCUUUCUCUGCUGAUAUUUAACGUGCAAACCAGAUCUUCUAGGUGCACAAGAGAAUAUUUAAAAGGUAACUGAUUCUAAAGUCUGGAAAAAGAAAAAUUACCUGGAAAAGAAACAAUAAAAUAUAACCUUAAAUUAGCUCAUUCAGCCAUGUUGUCAACUUACAGAAAACGAAAUUUGCUUCAGAAGUCUUUACAUUCACCUUCCAGCAAUUUGAAUCUCCAAAAAUGCACUAGUGAUAUGCUCCACGAAAUGUUUUUAUCACCACAUAUUUCAAAGUCACAGAAACAUGUAUACAAAGAUAUAUGCUCAAAAUGGACUGGGAAACAAAGAUGUCACUGGAAUAUUCCAUAUGUAAACAUAACUGAAGAAACAGACAUGAAAGUCAAGAAGCACUUAAAGCAUCAAAUGUAUUUUCGUUUUGCUAAAAGACUGAAUCGCCCCUUAAGCAGUAAAAGACACCUUUACAAUACAGAGACAUUCAUCAUGAAGCAGGAAGGAGACAGUACAGGUCAGGUCAAUAUUUGUUCAGAGGAGCCUCUGGUUAGAGACAAAGUCUCUGAACUGACUGAAAAUUCCAAAUACAACACAAAACCACAAAAAUCAAUGCAUAUGUACAGAGAACUCCCCCAAAGACAAACACAUGGCGACUUUCUUCACUUGGAAGAAAAAGACAAAAUCCAGGAAAAGAAAUUGAACAAAAGAAUAAUAUAUUUAUCCAGAAGCACACUUUCAGAGUCUCUGCAGUUCUUGGACAUAAAUGGAUCAGAAGAAAAUGAAGAAAAAAAUGCUGUUCACAAGGGUUACUCUUUUUUAAGUACAUCUCAUCUGAAAACCCAGACAGAAGAAAUUAAACCCCGCAGCAUUUUCCUAAUGGAAACUCAGGAUGCCACAAAUGAUGUAAGGUGUCAGAAGAGCCCAGCAGACACCAAAACAAGCAGGGAUGUAGUGAGAGGACGAAUCCAUUUGCCCUGUUUAACCAGAAAGAAAAAAUUUAUUAUCUAUAUCUGCGGAGGUUAUCAAGAUUCAGAAGUAGAACGAAAUGCAUUAAUGGAAAAAUCCUUCCCAUGGCUAUACAACUACUGUAAAAAGAGAGGUUACGACUUCCAUGUAUUUGAUCUAAGGUGGGGAGUAAAAGAUGGUAUUACUAAUGAUCAUCAUAUGGCUUCUCUACAUACAAGGACAUUAAAGAAAUGCCAGCAACUGGGAUUCCAAACCUUUAUCGUUUUUAUUGGCCAGAAGUAUGAUGAUCUCUCUCUUCCAGAAAUAAUAGGCAAGGAAGUGUUUGAGUUAAUUAAAGCCACAGUGAUACGUAGGAAACUGAAUAUCAAAACAUCAAAAUACAUGCCACCUGCUGAUUUGAAAGAUGAAAUCAAAGUAGAGAGAAAUGAAAAUCAAGGUGAAAUUGUUCAGGAUUUCCAGGAUCCUGAUGCAAUGGAAGAGUUUGAAGCUGAGAUAAGCAGCCAGAAAGAACAUGAAGUGGUUAAUUCAAAUGAAUUGGAUUUGCUUAAUACUUCUCUACUCACCCAAAAGACUGUAGCUGAAUAUGAGAAAGAACUUCAGCUUUUGAAUCAAUGGUACAAGCUGGAUGAAAACUGCAUCCCUGCAGUUUACAAGCUUCAACCUAUUUGCACAGUGUACAGAGAUAUCUUCAGUAAAGAUCCAAGUCGCAGACAGCAAGCUAAAAGCAAAUGGCUGGAGUCUUUCCAGAAACUGCAUAAGAUACUUCAGGAAUAUGCUACAAUUGCUCUUGGUCAAGAAGAUGCAGCCACGUUGUUCAGAACCACUCUGCAGCAGGAAGUGGAUCAAGGAUUCCGAGUCCAAGGAACACGUGAGGAUCACUGUCACUGCUUCAAAAGAAAUAUAACUGACCUACACGGCAAUCUGUCAGAUCCUCAGGCAUCUAAAUAUAUUGACAUCCACCCACUAAAACUAGAAGUGAACAAAACUAUUAAUGAAGAACAUCAAAACUUUGUGAAAAGCAUUCAUUCUAGGGUAGGAUUAUCAAGUGGUCAUAGGUUGUCAUGUUCUAUACAAGUAAGGGUAAAUGUAAAAGUACCCUACUUUACAGAGGGAACUGUAAAGAACUGAGAGUUGUAAUGCAUCUUAUUAUAGUAUAGUAAAGCUUAUCAAGAUCUGUGGCUAGGCA